ACUAGAGGCUGAGCCGUCGAGUGGCGUCGAGUGUCGACCGGUCGGAUGUCCGCGGAGGGCGGCGGCUACUCGCCGUGUCCGGCGGAGGCGCUGCCGGAGCUGAGCGCUGCCGAGCUGGCGAUGAGCCUGUCGCCCAAGUCGGCGCUGCUGCAGCAGAACCUCUCCCAGCUGCAGCUCCAGCACUCCACGCCCUUCUCCGUCACCGACAUCCUGUCGCCUAUCGAGGAAUACCGCAAGUUGGAGCUGGCGAACAACCCGCCUUCGCCGUACAGGUCUAAUUCAUCGGGUAGCAGCAUCAACUCGCCGCUAGGUCCAGCGGCGUCUUGCGGCAUGGCUGCUAACCCUUACGCCGUGCCGCUGUACGGCGGUGCGCCCGUGCAAGGCUACGGCUGCGCCCCCGCAGACUUGCCCCACUACGGGGACAUGCGGGGCGCAAGCUGGUACCCCGCCUCGAACGACCCCAGGUUUGCCAUUUCCAGGCUGAUGACCUCGACGUCGGGCGGUAUGGGCCACGUUAAUAACAUGGGCGGCCUGGCGGCCUGCGCUGGACCAGAUGCCAAGCCCAUGCAAUUUCCCCUGGCACAGAGACGUAAGCGACGAGUGUUGUUCACGCAAGCACAGGUUUACGAGUUGGAGCGACGGUUCAAGCAGCAGAAAUAUCUGUCUGCGCCCGAGAGGGAGCAUCUCGCUUCACUCAUUCACUUAACCCCAACACAGGUCAAAAUAUGGUUUCAAAAUCAUCGUUACAAGUGCAAGCGACAAGCCAAGGAGAAGGCGAUGGCAGAACAAAACCAGCACAACCAGUCUGCAUCAUCACCACGCCGGGUGGCGGUACCGGUGCUGGUAAAGGACGGCAAGCCUUGCGGCUCUGGGGAGUCCUCGUCACCAGCGCAUAGCCACUGCGCGACGCCCACCUCCGGGUACUCAGCCCCGCAACCCUCGCAGGCGGCUUGCAGCAACCCCCUGGUGUCCUCCUACCGCCAGCCCACCGCCUACCAGCAGCAAUGCUCAGGGUACCUCCCGCUUCAGGGCCGGGCCUGGUAGAAGUUCCCACAGCUUUACCACGAGACAAUGUUCAAAGAGGAGAUGUACUUUGAUUAAAUGAUUUGUCGUUAUUGUUUAGUCUUGACAGAUUGACAUUAAUGCGUUGCUAUAUUUAACAUAGUUAUAUUUGACGACUCAUAGUUGAUUUGAUGAAUUAAAGUAGUGUUUGUGAUUUGUUUAAUUAGUAGUCUUAUUUAGAGAUGUCUUUAAAAGGAACAUUGUCAGUGGUAAAGCGGUGGGCAGAGCUACCAAAAUUGGACAUAGUGUUGAAAAAGUGAUUCAGUGAUUUAAGUGAAAAUGACCGAACAUUGGACAAACGCUUAGCGAUAUUGUGGAGGUGGGUCCUGUAAAUAUUCAGUUAUAGAUAAGCACCACAGAGGAUUUGACUUAAGUUUUUUUUUUUGUAAAUUAUUUCAGUGAAUUAUUUUUUUCAGCCUCGUAUGACAAUUUAUUUCGUAAUAAAAAUAACUACAAUUUCAAUAGCGCUUCAAAGUUUAACAUUUAAUUUAUUUUAUCAAAAUAUCUGUUACUCCGAUAUACAGCUACUGAAUAAUCACUAACUGACCCUCAGAACAGAGAAAAAUUAAAUGACCUGGCUAAAUCGUCCUGGUUUCGAAGCUAAAAUUGUUUGUUAAGAUUAAAUUCAUAUUAUUCGAUUAAAUCUUUUUACAAAAUAAACACGACAGAAGAGAAACUUUUUGUGUCGGAAACGUUAAAUAUGAAGCUUAAGUCACAUCGCACCAAAAAAUUACAAGAUUAAAUUUGACUUGUUUUAGGUCUGGCAACACCGGUAUCGGUUGCAAAAUACAUGUGCCGUUUUGGAUACACUCUGUUCUGAGGACUGAGCUAAUGUAAAUAACUGAUACGGAAGUAGUUAAUUGUUGUGUGAAUAGUAUAAUUUAUGAUUAAUACGGUCAGUGUUUUGUGUGUGUGUAGAUAGUAACUUGUAAAUAUCGAUUUGAAUAGUUGCCGAUUAUUUUGGCUUAAAAUAAUCAAAAGUAGAUAAUUAAUUCCCAGUGAAAUUUGACAGUACUUUAGUCACGUUCAAAUAUUAUAUCGAACUGGUUUUAUAUAAGAAUUAAAUAAUAAAUGAAUUCGUUUACCUAAUUUUCUUUUUGUGUAUUCCUUUUUUGAAUUGUUUUUUUUAAACUGGGCUAUUUCGCCAACUUGCAAAUCAGAUUUAAAUAUAACCAUACUAGUGUUUUUUUUAGUAAUACAUU